UUUGUUGUCUCUAUUGCACUCCACUGUUCAACUAACACCACUUUGGUCCACUCCUCACUGUCGGAUUGCCAACUCAGAUUCCCACAACCAUCGAUCGGAGCCAAUCCAACGGCCACUGUCCCCGGAUUCCAAACCAUUCUUGGUCUUCUAACCUUAGUUAGCCUUUCAGAAGUUCCGAGGCAGAGUGAUGGACACCGGGGUAAAGUUCAAGAAAGGCGCAGGAGGAAGGAGGGCAGGCGGUCCCAAAAAAAAACCGGUGUCCCGGUCCGUGAAAGCCGGUCUGCAGUUCCCGGUUGGACGUAUUGGCCGGUAUUUGAAAAAUGGCCGAUACUCUAAGCGAAUCGGAACCGGAGCUCCUGUUUACCUGGCUGCUGUGCUCGAGUACCUUGCUGCUGAGGUUUUGGAACUGGCUGGAAAUGCUGCAAGAGACAACAAGAAGAACCGCAUUAUUCCGAGGCAUGUGCUAUUGGCCGUGAGGAACGAUGAAGAACUCGGAAAGCUCCUUGCUGGUGUGACAAUUGCCCAUGGAGGUGUGCUUCCCAACAUCAACCCUGUGCUUCUGCCAAAGAAGCCAGAGAGGAUUGCGAAGAAGGAGCCCAAGUCUCCGGCCAAGGGCACGGCCACCAAGUCCCCCAAGAAGGCUUAACUUCUCUAACUAGUAAUGUCUGUGGGUAGUAAAUUAAUGUAUCUCUGUAUCGAAGUCUUCAUGUGCGUACUUGGUUAGUAGGAUGGUUCAUGUGUCAUUAUCCCCCUAGAAUUUCAGUCCAUUGUACUCUGUGUUUCCAGAUCAUUGUAGAACAUCCAUGUUUCUAAUGAAAUGAAAUUAGCCCCCUUUCUAGA